CCAAUUUACACAACGAGUUAGUGGAUAAUAGGCUGGGGGUCCGGUACCGGCAUAUACCGCGCCGGCAGCACUUACGUCAGUGGUUUUCAUGAGAAAAUGGAUCCAUGAAAUCGCCCUUUGAAUUGGUAUUCAGUCGCCGAAACCAUCUCUAAGUGGUGCUGUUCCAGUCUGAAGACUAGUCCUAAGUAUUUGUCCGGUCAUCACCUAGAGUAGGUUCCGUCCACGGGGGGUCCAUGAAGGGAGACCAAUGGCGCCCAAGGAACGCCAGAUACGAAUCCUAGAAUGGGACGACUUGGACAAGCGCAAGUUUUACACUUUUGGCUUCAUGAUGAGCAUGUUCAUCCGUGUGACCAUCUACCCAACCACCUUGAUCAAGACACGGCUCCAAGUACAGACACAGAAUGCUCUGUACUCGGGCACAUGGGACGCCUUCAAGAAGAUCACCAAGUAUGAAGGGAUACGGGGGCUCUAUAAAGGAUUCUUCAUCAACACCUUCACUGUCUUAUCCGGCCAGGUCUAUAUCACCACCUAUGAAGUCACCAGAAGGGCCUUUGGUGACCAUGCCAGCAACAUGACCAAAUCAUUUGUGGGAGGGGCCUGUGCCUCCCUGGUUGCCCAGAGUGUAACGGUACCCAUCGAUAUAAUAUCACAGCACAUAAUGAUGCAGGGCUCUGCACUGAACUUAGAGGCUGGACGGAGGAAAGUGACUUUCAAAGACGCUCAGCGAAUCAUUCAUAAGAUAUGGCACAAAGACGGACCAAUUGGAUUUUAUAAAGGCUACACGGCCUCCAUUAUGACUUUCAUGCCCAACAGUGCACUGUGGUGGCCUUUCUAUCAUUUUUAUGCAGAGCAGCUAGCAUUUUUAUUGAAUGCCUCUUUACAUGUAUCAGUGCCAGCAGUGGCAAUCCAGGCAAUGUCUGGACCCUUAGCCAGCGCUACAGCUUCGAUCCUAACAAACCCAAUGGACAUUGUUAGAACACGAUUACAGGUAACAGGAGGUGACUCUAUCUUGGGAGCAUUCAGAAGACUGCAUCAAGAGGAAGGCAUAUCAGGCUUCAAGAAGGGACUCUCAGCCCGUCUGCUGUCCACUGUACCUGCUGGUCUAGUCAUCGCCGUCUCCUAUGAAAUCCUCAAGAGACUUAGCAUCAAACCAGAGGUUGACUACAAAGUCCAGUGGUAGGCAGGAUUGAAUGUUUGAGAGAAAAGCAAGAUGGUACAUGUCUUAGCAAAACAGGAGGUUAAUACAUGUACAUACACGUACAUAUACGUUGGUUGCUAAGCUACAGUUUGAUGUAAGGAGCCCAUGUUGACAGUCAGCGCUUACAUCAAUUUAGAGGGAAAAAUUGAAGUGCUGAGAAACAUUCUCUGAGUACCCUCCAUGGGUAUACCCCACUUAUUGUUUUUUUUUAUACAGAUUUGUUUUCAUUUAAUUUUUUUUUUUUAAAUCCCUGUGCGAAUGCUAUCACACAUCCAAAAAGCAAGCAUCGUGGAGACAUUUCUCCUCUGUAAGUCAUUGUAGGCCCAUGAAAUUGAAUGAUUGCUGUUCAUUUGCUUUUUUUUGUUUUGGGGCUUUUGAAAUGGGGAGAUUAUGACAAACCUACAUUGUACUGACUGAAUGCUGAUAAGGUUAAUGUAUAAAUUGGGAAGAUAGGAAGAUUGUUGCACUGUGUCUAUUUAUGUGAGAAGCAGUGAUCUUGCAAGAUACAGACACAUAUUGCAGUAUUUGUACAUUGCAAUGCUUUUACGAUUUUAAUUGAAAUCAAUAAAUUUAGACCUAAAUUCCUUCCAUACUAUCUAAACUGCUAGAGUUGGUUAAGUCUUUGUUUCUGAAAACUUGUUUUAAAUUCAGUUAUUUUAGAUAGCUAAAUGCGUUCAAACUUUGCUGCGUUUUACAAUGUGGGUUCAACAUGUUCAAUAGUUUUGUGCCAUGAUUGGGGCAGUGUUUGAAUAGCAUGAAUACUGAAUAGUGACAGCAAAGUUUGUUCAGUAUUCAGUUGUUAGUUUCAGGCAAGUUUUUUCCCCUUAAUUUCAAAGAAUGUUUGUUAAUCUGGUUUUUUUUACCUGUAAGUUUUAAUGUUUGUUUUCUCUAAUCACUGAUCAUAAUCACCAAAAGAAAAAAAAAAUUCAGAAUGAAAUCAUAAUAUUCCUAUACAUCAUACAUGUAUUUGUUAGUAACCUAGAUAAUAACAAAAACGUUUCUUGAUAAACAGGACAGUCACAUUAUUUUAUUGAUGUCCAAUCAUGUCAAAGAAAAAAAUAUGGAAUUAGGUCAAAACAAUGAUUGUUUCAUUUAAGUCUUCCAGUAACCAUUUCCCAAAAUUAAAAAAUAAGCUUAAUAGCUUAUAAAUAUCAGGUGAAUAUAACGCACAAAUGUAGGACUUCAGUAUGCCAUUUAGUUAACAGUAUUAACUUUGUAAUGUAGUAGUCAAGUGACAAGUGACUAAUGCAUCCCUAUCAUUCAUCCUGUAUAACAUGGGAUUUGUCUUGUGAUUUUGACUCCAUUAACAACUUUGAAUAUAAGAAAACACAAUUGAACUUGCAGUAAAGUUGGCCUAUCUCUGAAUGGCAGUAAUUUACAUGUACGUACCAGACAGACUCUGCAUUUAAUGUGGCUAUUUUAAAAUUACCAGAAUGGGUCUGAUGCUGCAUCAAGAGAUAUUGUAAUCUGUGGAUGAUUCCAGUGACAUGCAGUUUGUCCCUGCCACUAACAAAGUCAUACAGGUUUCACACCAAACAUAUGGGUGUAGGUUUGCUGUCAUAUGCAAAGUAUCCACUGAGCUUUAACUUCAAUAGACAUCAGACUACAUGAAAUACACAUUUUCCUGAGUGUCUUAAUGACAAAGAAAUCUGCAGAUCUGACAUGUUCUUGUAAAAACAGACAGAAGUGGGAGUCACUAGGUAUAAACAGUAACUGAGAAAACACAACUAAUUUGGAGACUACCAACACAGGGCUUUUUUUCACCGAGCUCACUACAUUGUAUUUUAAAGGUGCUUCGUUUUUUGUUAAACCCUUUCUUUUUUUGUUUUAAAACUACAACUUUCAGUCCAUUUAUAGAAUUUGAGGCUUUUUGUUCACCUUGUGCAAUGUACAUGUAUGUGGUACACAUAAUAUUUUCCCCACCCUUGUUCAACCAUCUUGGUCCACACUAUUAAGGUAUUGUGGUGAGGGUGAGUUGUGUUGUACCUUACUGAAUCAGGUGCUGAAUUUAUAGACUACAAGUGGCCCAAAACAAAUUCAGAAAAUCAGUGUACUGUAAAAUUCUGCGUAAUCAAUGAUUCAUUGUUGCAUUGGUUUUUUAAAAAUUAUUUUGAUGAUUGAUACAAGUAUCAAUUGUCAGCGAAAGAAAAAUAUGCUUAGCAGUUUGAGUAGAAAUAAGGGGUUUUUUUUUCAGAAAAGACUUACUGUUCAGAAACAGUGUAUUUGUCAUAGCAAUGUAUUCCCUGCUUUUGUUUAUUUUGUUUGUUUUUAAUUAAAUAGGAAAAAACAUUUUCACUGAACUCUUUAUUUAAUCUUAAAAUUAUUACAUAGUCAAAAUACCACAUUUUCAAUUUCUCAAACUUUGGCAGAACGCAAGUGAUUUGAAUAUAGAUGUGUGUUUCUUUAUUCAGUCUGUUCAAUAUUUAGGAUUGUGAUCAUUAUGGUGAUAAAUGACAUCAAUCAAGAUUAUUGUAUUUUUACGUUUUUUUGCUUGUAACUUUUGCACCUUUUGAUGUACAUGUACUGUUUUCUUCCAUGUACAAUGUACCUAUCUAUUUUGUGUUUGUCUCGUGGAGGGAUCACUGCACUGCUGUUGUGUUACAAUUGGUUUUGCCCUAUCCUUUGAUCAUUUGAUGUGCUUCUUGCAAUGUAUAAGUUUAUAAUUGUCAGUGUCUUUUUUUAAAUAAAUGAUUUAAACUUUAUUUGAUGAAGCUGUAGCUAAUGUAAGGAUUUGAACAUGUAGGUUUUAAUAAUUCAUGUGCAUAACAUUGAGUACAGUAAAAAUAUAUAUUUAUCAUACAUUUUUUUAACAAUAAAGUAUGAAUAUUUCAAAUUGA